AUGGCAGGCGGCCCGAAGAAGCACCUCAAGCGCAUCGCUACCCCCAAACACUGGUGUCUCGACAAGUUGAGCGGCGUCUACGCGCCGAAACCGAGCGCCGGCCCGCACAAACUGCGCGAGUGCGUCCCGCUCGCCGUGCUGCUGCGCAACAAGCUGAAGUACGCGCUCUCGUACGACGAGGUCAAGCUGAUCGUCAUGCAGCGGCUCAUCAAAAUCGACCAGGUCGUGCGCACGGACCGCCGCUUCCCCGUCGGCUUCCAAGACGUCGUCAGCAUCGAGAAGUGCAACGAGCACUUCCGCAUGCUGUACGACACGAAGGGGCGCUUCGUCGCGCACCGCGUGAAGCCUGAAGAGGCGCAGUACAAACUGUGCCGCGUGCGCCGCGUCGAGAUCGGCAGCAAGGGCAUCCCCUACGCGUACUUCCACGACGGCCGCACGCUGCGCUACCCGCACCCCGACGUCAAAGUGAACGACACCAUCAAGUACGACCUCGCCAACAAGAAAGCGCUCGACCACUUCAGCUUCGGCGUCGGCGCGCUCGUGAUGAUCGUCGGCGGCCACUCCUGCGGACGCAUCGGCACCGUCACCGAGAUCAAGUCCACGCCCGGCUCCAAGAAGAUCGUGCACUGCGCCGACGCCGCCGGCGCCGUCUUCACCACCGUCAGCGAGAACGUGUUCGUCAUCGGCUCGCAGAACGUCAGCGCCAUCACACUCGAGGAAGAGAAGGGCGUGCGCAAGAGCAUUGUCGAGGAGCAAAGCAAGCGCUACACCGUCUUCGCCUAA